AUGGAGGGUAUCGCUUAUAGGGUCUUUCAUUGGACUCCUGAGUUUAAGGAAGAGGAGGAGUCGCCUAUUGUUCCAGUGUGGAUUUCAUUACCGGGGCUUCCUCCAAAUUAUUUUCAUGGUUCUAUUUUGAAAAGUAUUGGAGGAGGGUUUGGUCGUAUUUUGAAAUGUGAUAAUGCGACAGCGUGUGUUACUCAUCCUGAGGUAGCACAAAUCUAUGUUGAACUGGACUUAUCAAAACCAUUGCAGCAUCAUUUCUGGUUGGGUCCUCCUAGUAGUGCUUCAAGCCAUUAUCAAGAGGUGGUUUAUGAAUCUAUUUUGUUGUUCUGCAAUUGGUGUCGUACGCAAGGUCAUCUGGAGCAAAAAUGUGUUCAUAAAAAAAAAUCUGUGGAAAAAGGAAAAUCACGAGUCGUUUCGAAAGAUGGUGAUCGUGGGCACUUGAAACAGAGUUGGAAAGUGGUAGGGGAAAAGAAGAGAAUGGAGGGUGGGGAGGGUGCACGUAGUGUGAUGAAGGAAGGUGAUCUUUUGUCUAAAGAACAAUUUAGUCGGGAGAUUACAUCAGUGGAGCAGAAGGAAAGAAGCGAGUUUGUGGAGUGGGAAGUUUUGAACCAGGAUGAGCCAAAUGUAAGGAAUCACAUUGGAUCUUCAAUGGAAUUGCAGCAUAAUUCGGAAAGCUGGUUUGAACAAUCGGAGAAAAGAACAGGGCAGGAUGUAUCUAUAGAGAUUCUUGAUGGUUUUCCUAGUCCGAGAAGCUCCCUAAAAAUUACUGAUGAAGAGUUGGAAUUUGAACUGUGUGGAGUGGCGGAUUCAGUGGUGGAUGGGGGAGAGAGGAUGAUGGCAUUCGAUCGUAGGAAUGUUCAUUCGCUAUCUGAAAAAGAAGAUGAGGGAGAGAUUGAAGAAUUGGCAGCUAAAUGUUAUGAAUCAGAUAAUGCUGGUGGGAAAACUUGGUUAUUUUGGGCAGAUGGGAUUGAUUUUCAGUUGAUUUCGGCAAUGGAUCAAGCUUUAUCAGUAUCUUGUGAUGUGGAGGUGGAUGGGUGUCCAUGGUUCCUUGGCAGAGAUUUUAAUAUAAUUUGCACAGAAUCUGAGAAAAUUGGUGGUAUCUUUCAAUCAUCUCAUGCUAUUCGGGAAUUUAACAAUUGCAUUCAAGAGUGCGGGUUACUAGAUUUACCUUCGAGUGGACAACGGUUCUCUUGGUGUAACGGUAGGCUAGGGAGUCGAAGGAUUUGGGCGCGGCUUGAUAGAAUUUUGGUUAACACAGCAUUCAUGUUGCGGUUUGGGGAUGGACAAAUGAUUUAUUUAUCUAGAACUUCUUCGGACCAUUGUCCAAUGGUUGCUCAGCUGAAUUCUAUCCGUAGAAGUGGGGCUUGGCUUUUUCGUUUUCAAAGAAUGUGGUGUACCCAUGAAAAUUCUCUUAAUGUUGUCAGGGAAUAUUGGUUGCAGGAAGUUCCUUGUUGCCCGAUGAUUCAGAUGAGUAUAAAGUUAAAGAAGUUAAAGCAAGUGUUGAAAAAAUGGAAUAGAGAGGUUUUCGGGAAGGUGGAAUCAAAAAUCAAAAUGGUUGAAGCAGAGCUAGUUGGUUUGGAAGACAUGGUGAUUAACAACUAUUCCCGAGAGGCUGAUAUGGCAUUAUUGACCUGCAAACAAAAGCAUCUUCUUUGUUUACAUAGAGAAGAAAUUAUGAGUUGUCAGAAAUCUAGAAUGAAAUGGUUGUCUGAAGGUGAUUUGAAUACUGCAUUUUUUCAUGCUUCAAUGAAGUGCAAAAAGAAAAACAAAAUGGUGGAUCACAUGGAGCUUGAAGAUGGGAGUUCGCUGGAGUCGGUGGAUGCUGUCCAUGAGGGUGCGGGACGAGAGCCUUUUUACGGAAAUGAACUGCCCAAUAUUCCCGAUAGUGAAAAGGCCACUAGUAGCUGGGGCGUUGGCCUAGUAGCUGGGGCGUGGCUCAAGCCAAGAAGGUUGCGAUUGAUGUUGAACAUUGAUAGGAGCUCUCUUGGUAACCCAGGUGCUGCAAGUGGGGGUGUGAUUAUACGGGAGGCAGGGGACGUCCAAUUGUGGGUUUUGCUAAGUUUUAUGGGUCCUCGAUCAACACAGUUGCAGAAGGAAAGGCCCUACUAG